AUGGAAACCGUCGCGGAGACCAAGACAUCCCGUGCCGUGGAUGACGCGGACACGGGCAUGUCGCCGGAGGCCCAAGAGUUCAAGGAGUCGAUGGACGUUUUGGUUCCCCUUCUCGGCACGGCCAAUAUGUGGGAUUUCCUGCCCAUGCUACAGAGGUUCGACGUGUUCGGCGUGAAAGAACAAGAUCGCGGCCGCCAUCGAUACAAUCUAGUAGUAUCUAUACAACAAUGUUCUCUGCUCGCUCGCUUACAAGACUCCAUGUUCUCUGCGGGAACGGAAACCUCGGCGACCACGGCGGAAUGGGCGAUGUCGCUGCUCCUGAACCACCCCGAGGUCCUGAAGAAAGCACAGGGGGAAAUUGAUGCGUGCGUGGGGAAUUCCCGCCCGCUAGGCGCCGACGACAUGCCCCGCCUCAACUACCUCCAGUGCAUCCUCACCGAGACCCUCCGGCUGUACCCGCUCGUGCCGACGCUGAUCCCGCACGAGUCCACCAAAGACUCCACGGUCGGCGGCCACCACGUGCCAAGCGGCACGAUGCUGUUCGUCAACGUGUAUGCCAUCCACAGGGAUCCCGCGGCGUGGACGGACCCGGCCGUCUUCAGGCCUGAGCGAUUCGAGGAUGGCAGCGCCGAAGGGAGGCUCCUGAUACCGUUCGGGAUGGGGCGGCGCAAGUGUCCCGGAGAGGCCUUGGCGUUGCGGACUCUGGGGCUGGUCCUGGGGACGUUGAUCCAGUGCUUCGACUGGGACACCGUCGGCGGCGUCCCCAAAGUUGACAUGGCCGAAGGGGCUGGGCUCACCCUCCCGAAGGCUGUUCCUCUUGAGGCCAUGUGCAAACCGCGCCAAGUCAUGCUUGAUGUCCUUCAGAAGUUGUGA